AUUAUAUAUAGUAUAGUAGAUUUUAUUUGGACAUGGACAUGACAAUGUCAUUGGACGAACCAGAUGCAUUGUUUACAGUGUAUUAGCAUAAAUGCUAGUUUACAACACCUGUCCACAGGAGGCUUUUUGAAAACAACAAAAGAAACUAAACAAGACAGAAACAAGAUCAAAUACUGAUAAAAUACUGAUAGAGAUAAUUAAAAAGAGUAAAAAUGCAGUAUACAGUAGAGUACAGAGCAGCAAUAUAAUGAGUCGAAUAUAUAUAUAGGCUACGUAGAGAACAAAGGCAGCAUGAUCAAACAAUAACCAGUUGUAAAUUAUUUGUGUGAGCACUGUUGAUUUGAUUUGAGCCGUUGUUUAAGUUCUCUGUUAAAAGUGUUGCUGUUAGUCUCUAGUUUUAGACUAGUGGGCAAGAGGUUCCAUAGUUUUGCCCCCUUUGCAGAGAAGACAGACUGACCGAAAGAUGUCCUGUGCAUGGGAACAAGACAAUCACCAUUGAUGGAGGCUCGUGUAUUUGCCCGACGAGAGCUCUGACGUCUGAUGGCCAAUUCAGACAACAGUGGUGACACAUGGUUAUUUAAACACUUGAAAAACAAUUGAAGAUUACUAAAAUUAAUAAAGUUAUCAAAGGUGAAAAGGUUGUGUUUUUUUAGAAUGCCGCAGUGAUGCCAUCUCAUGGGUUUCCGGUCCAUGACUUUUAUUGUCUGUUUGUACAUUGAAAAGAUAGGUUUUAGUGCAGUAGAAGAAGCUUGUGACCAUGAUGUAAUACAGUAUGACAAAUGAGAAAAUAUCAUAGCGUGCAUAAAUAAUUUGGCCGUUUGACAUGACAAGUCCCUUCUUAUGAAACGGAAACAGUUUAGAUUUAGUUUUGCCUUUUUUGCAACAUACUUAAUUUGCGUAACAAAUUUUAAAUUCUGAUCCAGGAUGAUGCCCAGAUAUUUUACUUCAUUUACUGAUUCAAUUAAUUCAUUUUUGAUCCGUACCUCGAAAACAUCAGUGAUAGGCCUAUUACGGAUGGAGAAGCACAUAGAGACGGUUUUCUUCACAUUAAUGGUCAACUGAGACAGCUCAAGCCAUUUUGAAAUGCUGAGUAAUGCUUGUGUCAGGUGCUCACCUGCUAAGCUGGGUGUUUUACUGGACACAUGGAUAACAGUGUCAUCAGCAUACAUUUGACAGUUGGACCCCGGACAGCAGUUUGGUAGGUCAUUGACAGUGUUGGGGGUAACGCGUUAGAACUAACGCGUUAGAGUACUCUUAUUCGUUUUUUUCAGUAACGAGUAACCUAACGCGUUAGUUUUGCGAAUUCAGUAAUCAGUAACUCGUUAAUUUCCAAAAUAACCACUCGUUACUCCGUUACUUUAAGAUUUUCCCUCGAUAAGGAAAGUAAAGUCCCGGGUUUUCUGCAUUUAGUCAGAUGCUGCUGCCCUGCUCCUUGCAUCUCUCUCUCUCGCUCUCUGUGUGUGUGUGCGCGCGCACCUGUGUGUGUAAGCUACGUGUGUUACCGCGGCAAGAUGGACGAGAAGAUAGCCUUAGAUUCCUGGAGGUACGCUCAUUAUUUUGAGUUACAGAGCGAAAAGGACAAGAACAACAUAGUGGUCGUUUUGAGCACCUUCUUCUCCUACGUUUCAACCAUUACUUUGGUGAUAAAUAGGCUAAAGGUAGCCUACGUGAUUGUUAUGAAUGUAGGGCUAUAGGGUCACACGAACAUUUUCAGUUCUUCAAUGUUUUUUUAGUGCCAUGCACUGUUCUUUUGUGCAACGCAUACGGUUAAAUUGAGUUAAAUUUCCAAUUCUAAAAGGUUGCGUGCCUACCUGUUAAGCACUUUGUUAGGCGCCUGCACUUGUAAAGUGGAUAAGCUAUGUGUGACGCACUGUUCUUUUGUGCGCAGCCAAUACGGUAAGCUACAUUCUGUUAAAAUAACUGCCUGUUACCGGAGUAUGUUAUUCAUGGAAGCUGUUCAAAUGAUCAAAGGAUGAAUGCCUGUUAAAUAAAACGUGCAAUAUGAUGACUGUCUUUCCUGUCAUUAUGCUAUAGGUUCAUGAUUGAUUCAUAAACAGUCAGCACUGUUGGUGCAUCUAAAGGAGGAUGUGUGUUGUUGUUGCGCUAGGCGGACACGCACGCACCCCAAACGCAUUUUAAUUGUUGGUAACGCACGAGUACUCUAACGCGUUUCUUUUAUUUAUAGGUAACGUAGUAACGUGACGGAUUACUUUUAAUUGAUAGUAACAAAGUAACCUAACUGAUUACUUUCAAAAGUAACGAUACCCAACACUGGUCAUUGAUAUACAUAGAAAACAACAGUGGACCAAGUACAGACCCUUGCGGUACACCCAUGCUGUUGGCACGCAGAUGGGACCUGACUCCAUUGACCCUGACACAUUGCUCUCUCCCCUCCAGGUAAGAUGCAAACCACUGCAGAGCUUCUGAUGACAUUUUGAACGAUUUUAACUUGUUCAUUAGAGUACUGUGGUUUACCAUGUCAAAGGCCUUUUUUAGGUCUAGGAACACUGCCCCAACAACAUUUCCUUUAUCCAUGGAAGCUUUUAUGUUUUCAAGCAAAUAACAAUUAGCUGUUUCAGUUGAGUAUUUCUGUCUAAACCCAAACUGCUGUGGAUGAAGCAGCUGGUUAGACUCUAGAUGUUCCAUUAGUUGCUCAGCUAUGAUUUUCUCCAGAACCUUUGAGACAACAGGGAGGAUAGCAAUAGGCCUAUAAUUACUCGCUAUGUCCUUGUCUCCUGAUUUAUAAACAGGGGUAAUUAUUGCAGUUUUCCAGCUUUCUGGGAAUAUUUUGGUUUGUAUAGACAGGUUAACUAAGUAAGUGAUUGGCUCUAACAAGUAGCUCUGAUGUUUCUUGAUUAAUGCAGCAUGAAGAUUAUGAAUAUCUUUUGACUUGGAGUUACUCAUGUUUGUGAUCACCUUUUCAACUUUAUCAUUAGAUACCAAUUUAAUAUAAAAGGAGUCAGACUGAGCAUUGUCAAAUUCUUUGGUAGAUGAUUCCGUAGCUUUAAAAUUACUCGCCAGCUCUUGUACAGACUCAAUAAAAAAGCUAUUAAAAACAUUUGCAAUGGACUCAUUACUAUGGAUAAGAGUAUCACCUACUUUCAGACUGGUUAUUUUGGGGUGUUUAUGCUUGCUGGAGUUGGUUAGUUUGUUUAUAUGUUGCCACAGUUUUGAACUAUUACCAUUGACCUCUUCAAUGAGUUUGGAGAAGUAAUUGGUCUUGGCCUUUCGUAAUUCAGACACUACUUUGUUCCUCAGGCCUGUAAAGACAAGGUGGUCAGUGUUGUGUUUUGUUAUUAAAGACCUUUUAAGAGCAAGAUCUCGCUUUUUAAUGAUCUGAAGGAUAUCACUGUUGACCCAUGGAAGAGAUAAUUUCUUGGGUCUGCUUUUCCAGGUUUGUGUGUAUUUAUCAAUUAGAUCACAAAGGGUUGAAACAAAGUUGUUGGCACUGUGGUUUAGAUCUUGCUCUUUAAUUACCUUUUCCCAAUUAAUUUCACUCAAGUCAUGUUCAAAGUCACCAACUUUUGACUUGGGAAUUGCAGUUGUUAGAAAUAGAUUUUCUGUUUUGUUGUGGUGUACUAGGCGUUUUUUUGUUAGCUUUCGUACCAUCUUGUCAUAUUAUGAUCUGAAAGGCCAGUUAUUAGAUUAUAUGUUUUUGUAACCCUCUCUGGCCUGUUUGUAAAAAUCAUAUCAAUAAGGGUUUCACUUUUCCUAGUGAUUCGAGUAGCUCUACUGAUCAGCUGUUUGUAUUUAAAUUUCUCCAUUGUUGAUUUUAUUUUUGAUUUACCCCUUUUAUCCAGCCAGUUGAUGUUAAAAUCCCCAAACAACAUACAUUCAUGACAGUUAUCGACAACAGAGAGAAGAUUCUUCAGUUCAUUGUAGACAUUUGCAUCAUGUGAUGGCGGAUUAUAAAGUACAACGAUAUUAAAUUUCAUUUUAGGGGAUAGCAUUACAUUCAAUCCCAGGCACUCUAAAUUCAGGUCCAGUUUAAGCUCUACACAUUUAAAAUGUUCCCUAAUAUAAAUUAAAACACCCCCUCCCCUUCCCUUGGCCCUAUCUCUCCUAUGGCAUGUGUAUCCUGAUAUGUCAAUUAGGUCAGUAGGAACAUUAGGAUUUAACCAGCUCUCAGAAAGGCACAAAAAGUCCAAAUUCGAGUCAUGAAGUACAUUCCGGAUCUGGUCUAUUUUAGGCAGUAUGCUUCUGAUAUUGAUAUGUCCUCCCAAUAUACCUUUAGGUUUACAUUCAGAAAUCCAGAUGAUUUGGGCAUGAUUCGCAGUUUGAAAAAGUCUUAACUGCCGUUGUUUCUGGACUGCGCGAUUAGUGAAGUGUUUUUUGGCCCUUUCGGGCGUCCGUCUUUGUUGACAUUCAUCAGCUGUCACAAACAGUUCACCGAGAGAAUGACAGUCUAUUGCUGGAGCACCACACGAAUCAACACCAGGCGCCGAACUCACCCGAAUGUUAGUGCCGCUGGUGGUCCCGGGCUGGCCAAGUACCAUUGCCGCUGAUGAAGCAGCAAAAAGUGCGGGAUUAUACAACUCCGCGCUUCCAUCCGAGCCCGAAGGGUAUGGCUGUAACCGCCGCACUAGCCCGACAGGCUCUCCUAGCGCGAUAUCUCGAACAUCGAUAAGUGGACUAGCUCGUCCACCCAUCCAUGCCUCCCCAGUGGAACCGCAGCGAUAAGAAUCCCCUCCGGCCAGCCGAUUCCCAAGGCCCACGACCUCCGUGGCCCCGCUAGGACAGACGCUAUCCGGCAUCAGAAUCUGCGGAGUCUGGGUGAAUGUUGAUGACACCAUUGAAAUGUUACCUAAAUCAAGAAGAGCUCUUACUAUUCAAGAGAUUGCAGCAUUAGCACGGUCCUCACUACAUGGUAUCUCCCAGGUGGUGAAGGACCAUGUGACCAAGCCCACAGCCAUGGCCCAGGGUCGGCUAGCCCACCUGAUAGAGUGGAAGGGCUGGUGUAAGCCCAUGGAGACCCCGGCCGCCCUGGAGUCGGACUUCAACUCCUACUCAGACCUCAGCGAGGGCGAACAGGAGGCGCGCUUUGCUGCAGGCGUGGCAGAGCAGUUUGCCAUAGCGGAGGCUAAGCUCAGGGCCUGGUCCUCUGUGGACGGAGACGACUCCACUGAUGACUCAUACGAUGAAGACUUUCUGCCUGCCAACGAGCCCGCCACACAGAGCACAGAGGUCUCGUCGCCGUUCCCUCCUUACCUGAAGGACCUGAUUCACAGCCAGAUGUGCCAGAACCUGAGCCUCAGGGGUCUCUGCUGUGAGGGGCCCGGUGGCGGGGGCGGGGCAGAACCCUCCCCCACCUCCGACUCCCCGGACACGCUGUGCUCCAGCCUGUGCAGCCUGGACGAGCUACACCCAUUGCUACGUGACCUAGGCACCUCCGGCAAACCCCAUCGCCAUCCCCACGGCAACGCCACCGAACUGGCCGCCAAGAUCCUGUCUGUGCUGCAGGGGGGCGAGGAGCUGCUGCUGGCCCGCCUGCAGCGUGCUGCCGCCGGCCCUCCCUCGCCCGCCGGGGGCAGCGGUGGGGGGCAGGACUCCCCCUGCUACUCGGCCUCCUACUCUGAGACCUACCUGUCGCCGGGAGAGGAGGAGGAGGGUGACGAUGGGCCCUGCAAGGGCUACAAGACAACCGUGUGCCAGGUGGGGGAGGAGCACCAACCCUGCCGGAGGGUGUCGGACGUGGCCUCCUCUGGGGUGGUCUCCCUGGACGAGGAAGAAGAGGAGGGCCAGGAGAGGCAGGCCAACAGCCAGUGACUCCUGGUGUCAGCUGGGAGCGACAGCUGGCCCUCACCGCUCCUCCCACUCAUCUCUGUUCUUUGGUUUUCCAUGACUCGCUCCACUUCCCCCAUGAAUCUUGAAAACGGUCCAUAUUGCCUUAUUUGUACAACAAUUUAAAAUCUCAUCUUUCCAAUUCUCCUGAGUUGUUCGACCCAUAACUCACUGACCCUCCUCCCCUCCAGAGCUCAAAUUCUGUCCUUUGAUCUUCUAUCCAAAAGCUUUUUGUUUUGAGGCGUCCAAACAAUCUUUUCUAUGUGUGAUAAAGAGCAGUGGCCUGGCUAUGAAGGCCUUCAGUGAACCUGUGCACUGGACCCUGCUGAUUGGCUGGCUGUUCGGGUGUACCCAGGGCUGCUGAUUGGUUGGUAGGGAUUGUACCUGGGGAGGAGAAAUGCACUCUGGAAAGUACUUUUUUGGAUUACAAGUGGACCAAGUCCAAACACUUGAAUUUUGCAUGUGUCUUUUGCAAGUGCUAUAACCAAUGGGCUUAGCCAGAGCACAGUUUGUAACCUUCUAGGCUGUUCUGUGUGACCUUCUCAGCCCUGCUCGUGGAUGAAGCCUGUCCAACGGGCGGGCAGGUCCACACCGCAUCCUGGGACCUGCCUGCCUUCCCUUUGACCCCCUUUCUUUCUUUUAUUGCCAGAGACCGAUAGCAUCCUUAAAUGGGCAUGGCUUGCUGCGUAUGCCAAACUAUUAUAUUAUCCCAGUCACAACCAUUAUGAGCAAAUGCUGGAAUGUUUUCAUAAGUGACGGGACAUUAGUAUGUAUGUCUGUAUUUCAACAAAAUUUAAACUAUGGGGGGAGAAAGACGACAAGGCUGUGUGACAAAUGACUUGAGCCGAGAUGAUUUGCUUUUAUUGUGCUAGGUUCAAGUCAUCCUGUGGUGGUGGUGGGGUUACCCAGGAGCGAUGGGACCACCAGGUUCCCUAACAUGGGGGUGAACUCUGUGUUGAAGACAUUCAAAUGGAAGCUAAACACACAACAGCUGUGACCCCAUAACCAAGCAAACUGAAACAUCGCUGAGAGGAGGUUCCUGACCCUUUGGUGGAUGAACAGGAAGAGAAAGAAACGCUUGAGGGCCCAGAGGUCCCUAGCCCCAGAGCAGAGGCCGGUGGUCGCAUCGGAGGUUUUCUAUAUUUUUGUAUGCGUUGUCUUGCUUUGAUCUCUUUGCCUAAUGCGAUGUGCCAGUGUAUGUGUUUUUUGCACGAAGCUAGCGUGGUGGCUGUAGUCUUCUCCUCUUUCUUCGUUAUCACUGUGUGAUAUAGUCUACUGGGAAAAAAGAAAACAAACAAAAACUAAAUGUGAAAAAGAUUUUUUUUCAAAAGCAGAUACUGUGAUUUGGUUGGUUAUUGUCAUUGUCAUCCCGCCCUCCUCCAUCCUACUGAGAGUGUCUGGUUUCAACUCUGAUUACCACUUCCUGUCAUACUGAGUACUGAUGAGCUUUGCCUUUUAUUUGAUACUCCCUCUUUUCUAAGACAAGGUUCCUAGGUUUCUAGACGUCUAGGUGUUCCUUAGUGUAUCUUCUUGGAGGAGGCGGUGGGCGUUAAAGGGCAUACUUAAAGAUACAGUACAUUCACGCCUCCAUACUGCGCUGCCAGGAGUCCCGCCCACGAGUCCACUCCCACAUCCCCUAGAGGGACUGUCAUUCAUGCAACUCAGGAAAUCCCAUUGGAGGGUCUCCCGUCUCCCCGUCGUGACUGCAUACUUUCUGUUGGGUAAACGCUGCGAUGUCCAUUAGCUGGAAGAGAAGGCAAGUGUGCAUUUAAAAAAAAGAAUCACAUUGUGUCUUCAUAUCCUGCGUUGACCCCGUUUUGUUUGUUUGGCAAAAAAAAGCCUCAAUCUUUUGUGAGUGUGACUGUGUGUGCGUGCACAACUGAUUCUGGUUGUUUUUUGUAAGUGCACGCGUCCUGUGCGUUUCCUACAAUGUCAGCAGGCUGGUUAAGCAUGCGAUGUCCGCUCCUAACCCCUGUCGCAGCAGUUCCCUUUAAACUGUAUGGGGUGGAUAGAAAUCUCAUUGAGCUUUAAGCAGUGCCGUUAAGCAGUAAUUAGAGAUGGAAAUAAGGGAAAAUAAGAAUGGCUAACCAUCUGACCUAAGCCACAGAGGAUGAAGAGGAUUUCUCCCCCCCCCCCCCCCCUUUUUUGUAGCAAAUAAAAGUUGAGCAGCUCAAGUGUUUACAUUAAGGUCAGCACCUAGCAGGGUCUACAUCAGGAAGAGACGAGCAGUGGAGAGAGUGGGUCGUAAACUCAGGGGGAAACCAUAACGCUGUGCCUUCCAUUCCUUCUGCCCUUGCAUCAUGCAGUUCUCUCCCUCACACAUCCACCCGUCACCCCACCCAUGUUUCAUGAGCACGGCAGUCACAUCAGAACAUGGGAGAAAUCCUCACAGCCAUCUGCAGUCCAGGGUCGUAGCUGGUCAUAGCGCCAAACACAAAGAGAAACAGAAAGAGAGAGACGGAGAGAAACGGAGAGAGAUACACGGACAGAGACGGAGAGAGACAGAGAAACAGACAGACGGCGAGAGAGAGAGAGAGAGAGACAGAAACAGAGAGAGACGGCGAGAAAGUGAGACAGAGAAACAUAGAGAGAUAGAGAGAGAAAGAGACAGAGAGAGAUAGACGAACAGAGACAGAGAAUCAGAGAGACAGAAACAGAGAGAGAGAAACAGACAGAACCAGAGAGAGAGAGAGACAGAAACAGAGGGUCACAGAAACAGAGGGAGAGCCCACAUUGGCACCUGAGCCCUGGGUGCUGCAGUAUCCCAUGAUGUCCUUUUCAUUUUGGGGUAUGAUCUGCGUCACUGUCCUCUGAGUGGACAGUAAAUGGCGGGCCGUGCGUGGGGA